CGCGUAUUGCAAAUUACAAUAUAGUAAGUAUAUUAUCCAUUUAGCCAUACUCUAUCGCUGACCAUAUACGAUGCAAAUUCGAUUUGACUAUUAUUAUGAUGGGUAUAAAGCCAACGGGUUCGUUGUCAUUUUCGUCAGUGCGUAUAGUAUCGUCCGAACGGUCUACGACAGAAAGAAGUUUCAACACUACCGCUAAACAGGAGAACUUAAACGAUGAUGAACACUUCAUUCAAGAAAAUCGUCUUCUUGGCCGCGGCGUUGGCAUUGAUCGCGAUGUUCGGUCACGUGGCGGCAGACAUGGCGGACGUGGGCAUGUGCAUCAGGAACUGCGCGCAAUGCAAAAAGAUGUUGGGCGCCUACUUCGAGGGGCCGUUGUGCGCAGACGCCUGCGUCAAAUUCAAGGGCAAGAUGAUACCGGACUGUGAAAACAUCGAGUCCGUAGCACCGUUCCUCAACAAGCUCGAGUGAUCGAGCCGGAGCAUCCAUCACACCAUAAGACCGAUAUGUUUAUUUACUAACGAAGAAUUAUUUGUUAUUUAAGCUAUAUGCGGCUGCGCGCGGCCAUAUUAUAAUAUAGAUUUUGCUUACCGAUUUAAUAAACAGAAUGUGUUAAUGAAUUAUAUGGUUUAAUAAUGUUAUGUGAAUAUAUGUAUGAUCGUAUAAAAAUAAAAACAUAAUCCAAAUA